AUGUUCGAGCGGACGCUGCAGGACCUCAUCAGGGGGCUCAGGGCACACAAGAGCGCACCCAAGGCCCAGGAAGAUGCCUUCAUCACAGAGGCCAUGGCAGAGAUCCGCGACGAGCUCAAGGGCAAGGACAUGGCCCUCAAGGCAGAGGGUGUCAUCAAGAUGUGCUAUCUUUUGAUGCUCUAUCCGAUACCGCCGCCUGCUGGCUUUGCUUUCCAUGUCGUCGAAGUCAUGAGCUCGCCGAGAUAUCACUUGAAGCAAAUUGGAUAUCUUGCCGCUCCUAUGGUUUUCUCAGGUGACACGGAAGAGGUUGUUCUGACGGUAAAUGGUAUCAAGAAGGACCUUCUAUCCCCCCACGCUUCCUUACCACCCUUACCCCUGACAGCCUUGCCCCACCUCUUAUCUCUUUCCCCAUCACUAUCCACCUCUCUCAAUCCCGAUCUCCUCCAUCUACUUACCCACUCAUCGCCGCGGAUCAGAAAGCGCGCCGUCCUAUGCCUCCUGCCUUGCUGGGAAGCAUACCCCGAAGGUCUCCGGGAGGGAUUCCCAAGGCUAAGAGAGAAGCUGCAAGACUCGGAUCAGGGUGUGGUUGGUGCUACAGUCGGAGUCGUCAUGGAGCUUGCCAGACGGCAAGGGGGCAAGAACUAUCUGCCCCUCGCGCCCGAGCUGUUUGGGAUCUUGACGGGGAGCAGCAACAAUUGGAUGCUCAUCAAGGUGGUCAAGCUGUUUGCUAUUCUGACGCCUUUGGAACCUCGACUAGUACGGAAGCUGCUGCCGCCCAUUACUUCUCUCAUAUCAAACACUUCCGCGAUCUCAUUAUUGUAUGAGUGUGUCAGGACGUGCAUUGUCGGGGGUAUGUUGGAUCCUGAUAGGGCAGAGGCGGAUGCGCUGGCUAGGGUCUGUGUGGAGAAACUGGGAGGGUAUCUACGAGACGAGGGUGGAGACCAAAAUCGCAAAUACAUUGCGCUCUUGGCAAUGGUCAAGAUCAUCCCAACACACCCCCAAAUGGUCGCGGAAUACCAGGAAGAGAUCCUCCAGAGUCUGGACGACCCCGACGUGUCAAUACGGAUGCGUGCUCUCGAGCUGGUCACAAAUAUGGUGGAUUCAGACAAUCUACAAACAGUCGCCGAUGCCCUGCUCUCCCAUCUCGCCCCCCAAGCCCCAGCCCUUCCCUCAGCAGCAGCCUCCCUAGCCGCCAUCGCCUCUUCCUCCGCCCCCACCCCCACCCCAACCCCAUCCCUCUCCCCAGCCUACCGCCUCCUCCUCACCACCCGUCUCCUCCACAUCCUCUCAUACGACACUUACGCCUACGUCACAGACUUUGAAUGGGUCAUCAGCGUCCUGAUAGACGUCUCUUACGUUUCCCGCGUGGAUGUGGGGUCAGAGGUGAAAAAGCUGAUUUUGGACAUUGUGGGGAGGGUCAAGAGUGCGAGGGGGUAUGCGGUUAGUGUGCUGGAAAAGGUUUUGGCGGAUGAUGAGUUUAGAGAAAGGAUUGGGGAUGAUGGGGAGAGCGCAGCGGGUUUGGUGGAUGCUGCUAUAUUCGUAUGCGGCGAAUACCCCGACGCUCUGGUAUCCCCUCUUUCUACGAUAUCCAACCUGCUCUCACCCUUCUCUUCCCCGGAAUUGACGGCACCCGCUAUUCAAUCGGUUGCCAAAAUCUUUGGCUUCUAUUGCAUGUCCAGCGCAUCCGCCUGGUCGCAAGACAAGUUUGAAGAGACCAAAGCUCUCGUCGGCAGUAUCGAAAAGGGGCUUCAAGAAGUCGUGGCGCAAGGCAAGGGCGAUAUGGAAGUACUCGAACGAGCUGGAGAAGCGAAAGGCCUUCUUGGGUUCGUCCGGGCCGACUUGAAGCAUCAUGUGCCUCCGAAAGAGACGGUGAGGAGGGAUAUGGACAUCCCAGAGAUAGAAGGAGGCUUUGAGACGGAGGGCAAGGCGGAGAAGGAGGCGAAUGAGCCAGUGUAUCCAAAAUCACUGUACAUAUUCCCACCUCUGUCGACGGCUUAUCCGCUCAAUGCUGUGGCUUCGCAUGCGCAAGAGUCGAUCUCUGUCCCGGAAGGGCUCUAUCUAGAUGUGGAUAUCGUCCCGGGUGGUGGUUGGCCGGAUGAUCUGCAGGACGGUGAGGAAAGUGAUGAGGAGAGAGAAAGGGAGAAGCAAGUUGGGGCGUUGGAUCUUGGAGAAGGAGGCGGUGAAGGUAUGGAAGAGCUGAGAAGGGUUUUGAGAGAAGGAAAGAAGAAGAAGAAGGGGAAGAAGGGUGAGGGUGAAGAGGAUAAGGCCGAGAAAGAGAGACGGAAAGCGGCAAGGAGAGCAAAGCACAAGGAUGAUCCAUACUACCUGUACGACAAAGAAGAUGCCGAGGUGGACAAUAUCCCCAUAGUCAAACUCGAUGACCCAGAGCUCCCAGCCGAACCGUCACAUUUCACGUCCAAAGGAAAAGCCAAGACGAAGCUGAAGAAGAAGGUCGCACCCGAGAUUGACCGUACCGGUGAACUUCCCGAGGGCAGCGCUCUGACUCCUCCCACCCGACCAUCUGCCUCGACGUCGCGCGCCAACUCUUCCUCGGGCCUUGCUGCUGUUGAUCUUUCUGCUUCGUCGUCCAACAACCCUCUUUCCAGAGGCAGCAGUGGAUUUGAAGAGUACAGGCUGGACGAGGAAGAAGAAGAGAAGGAAAGAACAAGGAGCCUGGUGAAUGGGAAUGGGAUGGGUCACGAUGUGAUAGAAGAAAAGGUGGUCGAGCCUGCCAUCAGCACUCCAGCGGUACAGGUAGUCAAGGUGAAGAGGAAGAAGAAGGACAAGGGUGAGAAGAAGAAGAGUAGCAAGGAGAAGGUCGGGAAGAGCGGAGAUGUGGUUGUGUAA